AUGCUAUUCACAUAAUUAAUAUAGAAAGUGUUUUGUUAUUAUGAAAGUCGCUCUAUUUGACUAAUUAAUAUAUCGCUUACAAAAUGUCAUAAUUAAUCAGAUAUUUGCUGGGCCAUCGUUUUGACAUACAUGCUCCAAGCAAUCACCAACAUAAGCAAUCCCAAUGACUACGUGGAGUUUCUCUACCAAGAUUUGGUUGUCCAUCUGAAGUUGAAGAAGAAAACCAAGAAACAAGUUCAACCAGGGCUGAAACUAGCAAACCUUCAAAAGGCCAUCGACCACAUAGCACACCCCGGGUUACUUAAAGAGAAGAGUUCGGGAGCUGCAAAGGCUGGGAGCAAAACUGGAUUUCAUGGAAAAUGGCAGUUUCAAACUGAAAUCUCACCUUCAGCUGAUUUCAUCAAGGCCAGAGUCGAACACUCUCCCGUUGCUAUAUCGUUUGAGGUUGAUACAGACUUCCACGAACUUAAGAAGGUUAGUAAGAAAAAAGGAGCUACUUGCGUGCUACGAGACACAACAGAACCACUUGAAGAAGGAGAAGUAGAAGGACACGCAGUACUCAUUGUUGGGUAUGGCUACACGAAAAACAGGCAAUUAUUCUUCUUGGUACAGAAUAGCUGGGGGGACGAUUGGGGCGUGAAGGGCUUUGGAAGGAUCUUCAUAGAUGAGAGUUCCAAGACAACUCUCGUUUAUCCAGUGGUUUAUAUAAGAUUUUAUCAUAUUUUCCGGGCAGUGUAGAACCUAACUUUCGGAUGGUAUAACUUACUACCACUAGUUCGUCCUUUUGUUGAUCAUUGGCUUUUCUUUCCAUUGUAAAAACUUCGAUUAUGACUACUAUGGUUUAUCCAGUGGUUUAGAUAAUUUAUCAUAUUUUGAGGGCAGUGUGGAACCUAACUUUCGGAUGGUAACUUACACUACUAGUUCGUCCUUUUGUUGAUCAUCCAUUGUAAAAACUUUGCUUAUCGUUUAUCCAGAUCAAGUUUAGUUGAUAUUUAUCAUAUUUGGAAGACUGUAGAAUCUAACUUUCGGAUGGUAAUUUUACUACGUACUAGCCUGGCCAAGAGGUUCAUCCUUUGUU